AUGCCUCAAGCCCAGGGCGGCGAGCUGAUGGGCGACACGGCGACUCGGACACUGGUCCCCAAGGAAAAGGCCCGGAGGAAGAAACUUGUGCUGAAGAAAGAGCCCAAAGCAAGCCCUGCUGAUGAAGAACAGGACGACGGCGGAAGUCGGCCUGCCCCUUCCAAGGCAGAGCUGAGAAAGGAGCUCGCGAAGUCCGUGGCUCAUGGGGCCCACGACCAAGUGAAGCGGCUCCUUGAGCAAAGAGCCAGUGUAGAUGGUGACCUCGGCCUGGCAGGGGCAGUGAGAAGCAACUUCUUUGCUGUGGCGGGGCUUCUUUUGGAUGCGCGGGCCGAUGCCAACAUUCCAGACGACGAGGGAGUAUCGGCCUUGGUAAGGGCUGCAACUCGGUGUCGCCCCGAAGGUGCUGAGAUGGUAAAGCAACUCCUGACUUGCGGCGCCCUGCUGGAGCCCAACGCAGAAUCUGAGCCGACAAAGGAGACAAGCACGGGCUCCUUUGUGACGGAUCGCGCAAGUUUCAAGGUGGCGGAUCUCCUGGUGUACCUGCUUCGUGGCGAGGGGAGCGCCUUUACAAACAUCGUGGAGGUCUUGCUGGAAGAGGUCGAGAAGUACCGGUCGGAGAGGUUGCGGGAGCACAUGCGCACAAUCCUGGGCUGCUACGAUGACGAGAAAAAGCGUGCGAAGAAAUUUCUGGAUGACAAGAAGUACCCGAAUCUGAAACCCGAGGAUGUCGACUUGUUCAACCUGAACUUUCAGAACCUGCUCUAUGCCCCCGAGGUACAAACCUCCUUGCGAAGGCUUCGAAUAUCCGCACCCGUCGCGUGCAAAUCGGCGGUGCUGAAGGCUGUGGCGGAAACCGCCAAUGAGGGGACCUUGGCCACCGAUACCGUAGAGGCUCUGGUUUCUGCGGCCUGGCUGCAACUGCGUGCGUUCACUGCGAUCGAUGUGGGACUGGAUGCAGUGGCCUUGGCCUGCCUAUGUUGGGUAACCUACGCCUGCCGGUCUGAAGAACUGGAUGCUCAGCCAGCUCUCUGGGCCCUGGCGAUGAUUCAGGGCAAGGAGGCUGUGGAAUGGUCCGCUCAAGUUGGCCUGUUCCUGUGGGGGCACUUGCCUUGCAGACCUACGCUGCCUGCGGUUGGCCGCCUAAACUUCAAAAGCGAAGAUGCACAGCAGGAAAAGCCUCCUUGCUUGCAGGAUGCCAAGUCUAUGGUGCUAAAUGAUCUGAGUGAUGGGGCCGCUGCUUCAGCUCACCCGGCUCCGAGUCUGGAAACUUUCGCUGAUCUGUUGUUUUUGGUUUUUGGCUUCGCCGCCAUUGUUCGCCAGAUGGAGUUCUGCAACGACUUGGACCAGUAUUGGUUGCCCUGGUUUUGUUCCAUGUAUUGGCUCCGCUUUGCGUACAGCUUGCGCGGGGAACGGUGGCUGGGGCCGUAUCUUCUUCCCAUUCUCUCCGCCGUUCGCGACACUGGGGCUUUCUUCUUCGUCACCUUGCUGUGUGUGGCCUCCGCGACCCAUGCUUACAUCAUCCUUAACCCCCGAGGGGGGGACACCUUCCCACUGUAUUCGGCCUUUACCCAUACCAUCCGCUUGGCCAUGUUCGGAGACUUUGACCUCUUUGAAUACCAGGGCCAGGACACCACCUACGUGCUCAACGCCACGACCGGCGUCUCGGAGCCGAACGACCCGCGGCCUGAGGACCUCGGGGACACAUGGCAGAUGACCUACAUCUAUCUGCAGCUCUUGUUCUUCUGCACUGGGGUGGGUGUGGAUGUACUUCUGAUGAACCUUUUGAUCGGUAUCCUCAGCAACAACUAUGACGAGCAUUUGAAGCGAGCACAGGUGCUCUUCGUGCAGGCCCGGGCACGUAUGCUGCUUGAGCACCAGCGCCGGCCUUGGAUGAGGCUGGCGAAGAUGAUCCAGGGUCCAGGUCAUGGGAAGUCCUCCUCCGAGCUGAAAAUGUCGAGAUGCAACAGUUUUUGCAGCUGGCUGGGGAUCACAGCGUUGCGACCCCUUCAACCAGUGCUGGCACCCCCUCAAGACCGGGCGUUUGUCCUUCGCAAGGAGGACGUCUUCAAUCGCGUAAUUGCACGUCUGGUACUGGAGCCUGUUUCGCGAUCACACUUCUUCGCCUUCGUGAUUUCUUUGAUGUCCCCGGUGCUCUUGGUCCUGUCCCUCGCAAGCCUGGUGACGUUUCUGGCCGUGGCCUUGGUUCUUCGCAUCCUGGGCUUCCAGGUCCAAGGCUUGCACUACACGAUCAACCUCACAGUCUUCGGCCUCUUCGGAGACCGCCCUGCGUCCGAGUGCCAGAUUAUGGCUCUGGUGCAUCAAGACACGGAAGAGCAAGAUCUCCAGGAGCAGGUAAAGAACCUGGACACAGCGCUGAAAGAGCAUCACCGAGAGCAGCAGGACGGACGGAAGAAGUUGGAGCAAAUCAUGCAGGACCAAGUGGGGAAGGCGAAUGGCGGGCUGCAAAAGCAGCUUAAAGAUCAGACGGACAGGCUGACGGAGCUGGAGAACAUGAUGAAGGAGCAGCAGUUGCGGCAAGCUGCGAAUCAGGAACAGAUGAGGAGCCUGGAUGAGAAGCUAAGCCGACUGCUGCGACUCCUCCACGAUGGUGCCGCCUAA